UUCCCCUCAUCCAGCGGUGUCUUACAUCAGCUUACAGUGCCUGAAUGUGCGACCUAAAGGAGAACUUCGGAUAGAGAGAAAGCCUUGUUUUUAUCGUCCUAGUUACUUAUUCAUAACUUGGAAUUAAGAAAAUCCUGGACAAAUGGUUUGAAAAAAGCAACGCAAGCAGAAUGAACGUCCCGUCUCUGACUGAGAUGAAGCAGCUUUGGAAGAUGCUCUUUCCACUGCUGAUCCUCCUUUACCUAUCAGGAGCUGUCCAGUCUCAAGUAAACCCAGGUGUCUGUCGGUCCCCAUUAGGCAUGUCCAGAGGGCAGAUUUUAGAUGAAGAGAUAUCAGCUUCAAGUCAGUGGUCAGAGUCCACCGCAGCAAAAUAUGGCAGGCUGGACUGUGAGGAGGGCGAUGGAGCUUGGUGUCCUGAGAUCCCAGCAGAACCAGAGAACAUGAAGGAGUUCCUUCAGAUCGACCUGCGCUCUCUGCAUUUCAUCACUCUGGUGGGCACUCAGGGGCGACACGCAGGCGGCAUUGGCAAUGAGUUCGCCCAGACGUACAAGAUUAAAUACAGCCGUGACGGCAGCCGCUGGAUCUCCUGGAGGAACCGACAGGGCAGAGAGGUGAUUGAGGGGAACAGAAAUGCCUAUGACAUUGUGUUGAAGGACCUGGAGCCACCCAUCAUUGCCCGUUUCGUCCGCUUCAUGCCCGUCAUCGAUCACUCCAUGAAUGUGUGUAUGCGUGUGGAACUGUACGGCUGUGAGUGGCUGGAUGGCCUGGUUUCAUAUAAUUCCCCACUCGGCCAGCAGAUGAGUCUGAAUGGACAACAUAUCUAUCUUAAUGACUCUGUUUAUGAUGGAGCCAUGAGUUACAGUAUGACAGAAGGACUUGGGCAACUGACGGAUGGCAUGUGUGGCCUGGAUGACUUCACUCACAGUCACGUCUACAACGUUUGGCCUGGUUAUGACUACGUCGGCUGGACCAAUGAGAGCUUUCCCAAUGGUUAUGUUGAGAUCAUGUUUGAGUUUGACCGCACCCGCAACUUCACCACCAUGAAGGUGCACUGCAACAACAUGUUCUCCCGAAGGGUGAAGACCUUUCAGAAGGUGGUGUGUUAUUUCCGCUCAGAGCUGGAUUGGGAGGCGACGCCUGUAUCAUUCAGCCCGGUGAUGGAUGAUGUGAAUCCCAGUGCUCGAUUCGUCACCGUCUCGCUCUAUAACCACAUGGCCAGUGCUAUUAAGUGCCAGUACUACUUUUCUGACAUCUGGAUGAUGUUCAGUGAAAUCACCUUCCAGUCAGAUACCGCCAUGUACAACACAACUCUGAGUCCCCCCAGGACUGACCCUCCUCUCACCAACCAGCCAGGGGAUGACCCUACACACAAAGUAGAUGACAGCAAUACCCGGAUCCUAAUUGGCUGCCUUGUUGCAAUAAUCUUUAUCUUAGUGGCAAUUAUUGUUAUUAUACUAUGGAGACAAGUCUGGCAAAAGAUGCUUGAGAAGGUGUCUCGGAGGAUGCUGGACGAUGAACUAACUGCUAGUCUGUCAAUACAGAGUGAGACCUUCACCUAUAACAACAACAGUCCGUCCUCGGUGCCCAGCGAGCAGGAGUCAAGCUCCACCUACGAGCGUAUAUUCCCUCUGGGUCCAGACUACCAAGAGCCCUCACGGCUGGUUCGCAAACUGCCCGAGUUUUCCCAAACAUCUGAGGAUACCGCAUCAACAAUUACAGCUUCCAAGACCCCUUCAGUCAAUGUCCAAGAGGGCGUCCCACAUUACGCAGAGGCAGACAUUGUAAACCUGCAGGGUGUCACAGGGGGAAACACAUACGCUGUACCUGCUCUUACCAUGGACCUACUGUCAGGGAAAGACGUCGCUGUGGAGGAGUUUUCUCGCAAACUGCUUACAUUUAAAGAAAAGUUGGGAGAAGGGCAGUUCGGAGAGGUGCAUUUAUGUGAAGUAGAAGGCAUGCAAGACUUCAUGGAUAAGGACUUCUCCUUCGACGUCACUGAAAACCAAACAGUGCUUGUAGCUGUUAAAAUGCUUCGAGCAGAUGCAAAUAAAAACGCCAGGAAUGAUUUCUUAAAGGAGAUAAAGAUCAUGUCCCGUUUAAAAGACCCAAACAUCAUCAGGCUGCUGGCGGUGUGCAUGAGCUCUGAUCCUCUGUGUAUGAUCACCGAGUACAUGGAGAACGGAGACCUUAAUCAGUUCCUGUCCCGCCAUGAGCCCGAGGGCAUGAUCGCUCUACUCAGCAAUGCCCCAACAGUCAGCUACACCAACCUGCAUCACAUGGCCAGCCAGAUCGCAUCAGGCAUGAAGUACCUGUCUUCACUCAACUUUGUACAUCGGGACUUGGCCACCCGUAACUGCCUAGUGGGAAAGAACUUCACCAUCAAGAUUGCAGACUUUGGGAUGAGCAGAAACCUGUAUAGCGGAGACUAUUAUCGUAUCCAGGGCAGAGCAGUGCUGCCCAUCCGCUGGAUGUCCUGGGAAAGCAUUCUUUUGGGGAAAUUCACCACAUCCAGUGACGUAUGGGCUUUUGGUGUGACCCUGUGGGAGAUGCUUACCUUCUGCAAAGAGCAGCCUUAUUCACAGCUCUCAGACGAGCAGGUCAUUGAAAACACAGGGGAGUUCUUUCGGGAUCAGAGGAGACAGAUAUACUUGCCGCAGCCACCGAUGUGUCCUGACCCCGUCUACAAGCUCAUGUUGAGCUGCUGGCACAGGAACACCAAAGAGCGUCCAUCCUUCCAGGAGAUUCAUCACACACUACUGGAAUGCAAGCCCUAGUGUCCACAUACAUGCCAACUUUGGUACUGACUAAAGACUUUUCAGUGCGCCCACAGGACUCCAGUCAACACGCACUUAUAUAUUCCCAUAUAUAGGAAUUCAGAUCAGAAGCUCAUUAUUGUUUUUUCCUGUAGCAAUCUUCACUGUGAGUGUGCAAAAGCAAACUGAUAUAUAUUGUGUGAUGAAAUAUUUUUAACUAUAACUCCCAAAAACCAAGAGCCUUCGAUUGGCAUACAAUACCAGGGCAGCACUAGGCCAAAGAAAAUGUAGCAAUGAAAUUUAGGCACCUUCAACACUGAAGAAUCAGAUGUUUUAAAUAAAUCUACUUUAAAAUAUCUAUUAUAGGCAAUAAAACAAGGUGUAAAACGCCUCAGAUAAUUUCCCGUUUAAUGUUGUUUUCAGUAUUUAGAGGCCGAAGACAGCUUGAAUGUAUAUAAGAAUCAAGAAUUGACAUUCAGAUUUUAUCCUGAUGUCUCUUGACAUUUAUGUAUAUGUUCAUCUCGUUUAUUUUAAAUGCUUACAUAUUUUGAUAUUAUUAUUUUCUCUCUCUUUGUUGUGACAGCAAAAGAUCACUUUCAACCAGGUGGAUAUAAAGAGAGUCAAAUGAAUUUGAGACGAGUUCUUAUAAAAUUGUAAAUGAAAAAAUUAUAUUAGUAUUAUCCUGCAACUACCUAUAUAUAGUGUUUAUAUUUAAGUGUACUGCAUUAUUCAUAUUUUAAAGCGUUAUAAUGUCUAAAGUCUGUUGUAGCGGUGAACAGUGUUUAUUUAAAGCCAUUUCAUUUUAUUUACGCAAGUUUUGCAUCAUGAAACAGACAUUUGAUUAGCUCUAAUUAUUUUGCAGGAACGUGUUAAAAUAUUUGCAUGAAGCUGGAUGAAUUCCAAUACAGUAACAUUACUUAUUACUUAAUACUAAUUUCAUUACACUUGUCCUGUCUUCAUCUAAUCUUAAUGUAGGGGCAGUGAAUAUGCUUAUUAUUACUAGUUUAAUUUUGUUUAUCUGUAAAAAAAAAAAGAUGAUAAUGAUAAAAAUAAGCUUAUUUUAAAGCUUUUGGUCAUUCUUGUAUGUCAGACUAUAUUUUAGGUCAGUGUUUCUCGACCAUUUUCCUGGAGGAACACCGGUUCUGCACAUUUUUCAUGUCUUCUUAACCAAGCACACCUGAUUUAGAUCAUCAGUUCAUUAGCAGAGACUGAAAGACCUGUAAUGGGUGUAACAGACAAAGGAGACAUCCAAAUGCCUCCAGGAACGUGGUUGAGAAACACUGUUCUAGGUGGUGCUGAAUUGCUAAAAUGUUGGAUAAAUACUGGAUUUGUGUUAAAUAGAUGCACUAUGAUGGUUUACAGUAAGUUAUGAUGUGUUUUUGCAUGUGCUGCAAAUGGGACACUCGGAUAUCUGUUUAGUGAUUAACCUGUAUAAUUGUAAAUCAAGUUUUGUGCGGUCAUUGUAUAUAUGACCAUGAUAUUGAAAAUCUUUGCACCUUUUGGGUUGUUUGAAAUAUCUGGUAGUCUAUAAGAAGCAUUUAGGUUGUGGGUUUAGAAGUGGCUUUACUUAAUGUAUAUACACACUUGACAUGACUGAAGAAGUUGCAUUAUAGAUAUUGUUUAUUUUCUGCAAUAUUGUAGUUUUCUCAACACGUUUAUACAACUUCAAUUCUUCAUGCCAUUACACAAAGCAGCAAUAGGCAUUUUUUGUGUGGGCUAUAGGGAUUUUAGAUCCAUAGUUGUUUACAAAAACCUUGAAAUAUUCAGCAUUCCACUUCAUAAUUGUUGUUUUUCGACAGUCUCUAAACUGACAGUUAUGGAGGACGAAACCUGCAAAUACGAUAGAUAAAUACUGUAAAUACGCAAAUAUAUAAAUAAAUGAGUAAAUAAAUCCAUAAUUAGUGCAUAAAUAAAAGAAUAAAUAAAUAAAUAUGCAAAUAAAUGUAUAUAUAAAAUCCACAAAUUCCUGCAUAAAUAAAUAUAUAAAUAAUUAAUAGUGUGGCCAGGUAAAUAAUUAAAUAAAUUACAUACAUGUUAGGGCAAUAAGAAAAUGCUAAACUGAAAGUUUAUCCCCCCUUUCAAACGUUUAUUCAUUCCUGAACGUAAUUUCAAAUGUACUUUUCCUCAGGUCAACAUGCUAUUGAGAGGGUAUCUGUCAAUCCUCAGAAGCCAGUCAAAAAAAUCGAAUGCAAAUUUUUUUUUUAACGAUCAACCAAUGAUGGCAUAAAGACCGUCUUUUGAUGACUGAUCAGACAUCGUCACAAUCACCAGCAAUCCAGUAAUCUAAGAUUGCUGGUAAACACACAGAUCACUUAAGAACCACAAAUCCACUGUUACAUGGACUACAGAUCCAGUCAUGCACCACACCCACACACACCUGUUCCAGAUCACGAUUGAUUACACUCACACAGCUGCUUAAAGAUUGAUUACAAGGACUAUUUAAACAGCACUCACAUUAGCACUCACAUUAGCUCUGUUAUACUAUAUUGUGAACAUUACGACGCAUUUUCCUUGCAUUGUUUUUGACCCUUGCCUUGCUUGUUUGUUUACAUUGCCUGCUGCCUGCCUGCCUGUACUGACCAUUCGCCUGAUAUUUGACUACGACUCUGUUUAGCCCUGUGUUGAUCUUAAUGUCUUAAUAAACCUGCAUUUGGAUCUGCACCUCCUUUGUCAGUGUCCACUUCACAUUACAACACCCUCUUAUUAGCAUGUUGAACAGAGGAAAAGCAAAUACGAAACUACGUUCAAGAAUGAAUAAACGUUUGAAAAGGGGAUAAACUUUUAGUUUAGCAUUUUCUCAUUGCCCGAUAUUCAUGUAAUUUAUUUGAUAAUGAUUUGAUACCUGCCUGCACUAUUAAUUUUUAUUACUUAGUG